UUGCAACAAACCCCGCAGGAAGAGCGUCGCCAUGGCAACGGAACGCGCGGAACGCGUGGAAUGCGGACUAACGUUUCGCGUUCCGUCAUUUCAUGCAGCAGCUGCUGAUUGUCAGCUGUUCAAUAUGGAACGAUAGCAAAGUGCAGUCACUUGUAGGAGUCGGUCAACGUCAGAGCCAGCCAGCUAACCAGUCAGUUCAGUCGAACCAGUGAGUUCUCGUAUUAACGUGUGCAAGAGUGAGUGUGAGCUGAAGGGACAAAGAUAAACGAGUGAAAGAAAAUAAGGAUCGCGCCGUGUAAGCGGCCGUAGAAGAGAAAGAAAGAGAGAGAGAAAGAGAGACAGAAAGAGAGCGUUCGUGUACGCGCGCCACUCGUACGAUUUAUGCGAGAUCUCACGCCAGAUCAACCUGGAUGUAUUAACGCAGGGGCUAAAAUACAGCAUAUCAGGACUAAUGAACCUCGCAACAAAUCAGGCGUCCGACACGACGUCCGACACGCAGAGUAAUGGUCCGUACUUUGUUAACUUCAAUCAGGACUGCACAUCUUUGGCAGUAGGAUCAAAGUCAGGAUAUAAACUUUAUUCUAUUAGUACUACUGGCAAUCUUGAAAAAAUAUAUGAAAAUGAUGAUACAGACUUUGAGGAUAUAUGUAUUGUUGAGCGAUUAUUUAGCAGCAGUCUGGUGGCAAUUGUUAGUCUUAAAUCCCCUCGUACGCUGACAGUGUGCCACUUUAGAAAAGGAACAGAAAUAUGCAAUUACAGUUACUCAAAUACAAUUUUGGCUGUGAAACUCAACAGAGCGAGAUUGGUGGUAUGUCUGGAAGAAUCAUUAUAUAUUCAUAAUAUACGAGAUAUGAAAGUGCUGCACACAAUUCGUGAUACUCCACCUAAUCUUACAGGCCUUUGUACCCUCUCGCCAAAUAGUGACAAUUGUUAUUUAGCUUAUCCAGGUUCGAAUACAAUUGGAGAAGUGCAAAUAUUUGAUGCAAUCCAUUUUCAAGCCAAAACAAUGAUACCUGCUCAUGAUAGUCCAUUGGCAGCAAUCGCUUUCAGUUCGACUGGCACCAAAGUGGCAACAGCCUCUGAAAAAGGCACUGUGAUUAGAGUUUUUGAUGUUCAUGAAGGUACAAAGUUAUUCGAAUUUCGACGUGGGGUGAAAAGAUGCGUCACGAUAAACAGUCUUUCUUUUAGUAUGGAUUCUAUGUGGCUCUGUUGUUCUAGUAAUACGGAAACUGUGCAUAUAUUCAAAUUGGAGGAACCAAAGGAAACGCCAAACAAACAAACUACAGAUGAAGCACAAAGCUGGAUGGGAUAUUUGACAAAGGCUGUGACAGCGUCAGCUACAUACUUGCCGUCGCAAGUGACUGACGUUUUUACUCAAGGACGUGCUUUCGCAAGCGUUCACUUACCAUUUCAAGGAUUGAAAAAUGUCUGUGCCAUCACUGUAACACAUAAAGUACCAAAACUGUUAGUAGCUAGCGCUGAUGGUUACUUGUAUGUCUACUCUGUGGAUUUAACGGAAAGUGGAUGUUGCGCUCUUAUAAAACAACAUAGAUUAGAUGAUAAGGAUCGAGAUGAGUCAGAUUGUGGCGGCUCUGGUUCCGGAGCUGCAGCUACCGCGAAUAGUACAAAUACAGCCUGCAUAAAUAGCUACGCGGGUGUGUUGCGUGGCCGCUCGCCAGACUCCAUGUCAGGUACUGGUAUGUCCUCUAUUCUGUCCCUCGAUUUUUUUCGCUCUCAUUCUCCAUACACAAGAUACCUAAUUCUCCUCUAUAGCUUUUCUUUUUUUCUAUAUGCCUUACUACUAGCGUUCGCGCAUUACUUAUAUAUGUACACGCAGCAAACAGAAGAAUGAGAGCAAUGCUGAGUAAUGUGCCUUUUCACACGGUCUAUAUCUUUUUGUUAAUAUAAACAAUUUACAUAUAUAUCGCAUUAUAUGUAUGAAUGAUAGUACAAAUCUACGCUUAUUAAUUCUACAGACUGAUCAAGUUAAAAAAAUGUAUAUAUAUGUAUAUGAUCAUAUAUGUGCACUGGAUAUGCAUGUCGGCACUAAUCUAUUUUCUCGGGAUAAACUACUAUGCACGUAUACAAUUUGUUUAAUGGUUAGAAAAUAUAUAACAAUUAUUGCAUAUUAUUGCAUCUGUAUACUAUUAGGAAAGAUCUUGAAAAUUUCUAUAAGUAGUUUAUUUUUUAAAAGAAACUACU